CCUCACGUCUUAUGGUGCUAGGCCAAAUGCGGUUUCCGCGCCGCGCUGCUGCCUUCGCUGGCCCCCCUUCACUCUUAUAUAAGAACCCAGAUCGGUAUGUAAACAACAUUGCAAGUAGGCUCUUGACAACCCCCAUUCUUCCCUCCAUGCGCCCAACAUGGUUGAAGAUACAUCUGUGCCCGAUGCCGCUGCCAUAAAGGAGCAGACGCUCAUGUACGGCGCCGAAGAUGACCUGGAUACAAAAUACCCAAACAGACCAAUCAACCUUCACAAAACACGCCCCUUCCAUACUCUGUUCACUGACUUGUUUGAUCCUCUUUUGAGCACCCAGAAGAAAGCCAGGACAACCGGCCCGCGGCGUAAAGUCGGACCAUCAGGCCAUUCCAACCUCUCACCACAUGAAGCCCGCCGACAGAUAAUAGAGAGAUAUGUCGCAGACUGGCGCAAGCAGGUUGGUGCCGAUUUCUAUCCGGCGAUGCGCCUCAUAGUACCAGAAAAAGACCGCGAUCGUGCCAUGUAUGGGUUGAAGGAGAAGGCCAUUACCAAGAUCAUUAUAAGCAUCACAAACAUCAACAAGGAUUCGGACGAUGCUAAACAAAUGCUCAAUUGGAAGCUUCCGGGCCAGCUACACCAGGCAACAAUGUCUACGGCAGGUGAUUUCGCUGGCAGAUGUUACGAAGUCUUAUCCAAGCGACCAAUGCGGUCUGAAGUCGGCUCCAUGAGCAUCGCCGAAGUCAACAACACAUUGGAUCAACUUUCCCAAGUCAGUGCGGUAGAACAGCAGACCAAAAUAUUCCAAAGAUUCUACCGACGGAUGAAUGCCGAAGAAAUGACCUGGCUGAUUCGCAUCAUUUUGCGAUACAUGAAGAUCGGUGCAACGGAGAAGACCGUCUUUGACAUUUGGCACCCGGACGCAGAGGCAUUGUUUAAUAUCUCCUCUAACCUUCGCCGCGUUUGUUGGGAGCUACAUGACCCCGAAACCCGUCUGGAAGGUGAUGAGACUGGUAUAAGCUUGAUGCAAUGCUUCCAGCCACAACUCGCAGCUUUCCAACCCAAAGUCGGCUCUUUUGAGAAGCUUGUCGCUAAGCUCCGGCCGCAGGACAACGAUGACUCUUUCUGGAUAGAGGAGAAACUGGACGGGGAACGUAUGCAGCUUCACAUGAUAGAGGAUCCAGAAGCUCCGGGGGGAAGGCUGUUUGGAUUCUGGUCUCGCAAAGCCAAAGAUUACGCUUAUCUUUACGGAAAGCAUUUCUCCGGUGAAGAAGCUGGCGCGCUCACACGGUUCAUCAAGAAUGCCUUCAGCAAAAACGUGCGCAACAUUGUCCUCGAUGGCGAGAUGAUCACCUGGGACAUGGAUAUUGACCACAUUGUUGGUUUUGGCACACUCAAAACAGCUGCGUUAUCAGAAAAGGAAAGUUCGGCCGACACAAAAACCGGACAACGGCCAUUAUUUCGGGUUUUCGACUGCUUGUAUCUUAAUGACACCUUGUUGACGCCAUAUACUCUACGAGAUCGCCGCAAGGCUCUCGAAAGCGCUGUCAAAGGCGUUCACCGCCGCCUGGAAAUUCACCCCUAUCUCGAAGUUCGUUCAUACGUCGAGAUUGAACCAGAGCUACGCAAAGUGGUGGAAAACUCUUCGGAAGGAUUGGUCCUAAAAAACCCACGGUCAAUGUACCGACUCAACGAUCGUAAUAACGAUUGGAUCAAAGUCAAACCGGAAUACAUGUCCGAAUUUGGCGAGUCGUUGGAUUGUGUUGUAAUCGGAGGUUACUUUGGCUCCGGUCACCGUGGUGGAGUUCAUUCCUCCUUCCUUUGCGGAUUGCUCAUCAACAAAGAGGCCCAGGAAGGCGAUCCAGGCUACGGAAAGUGUUGGUCUCUUUUCAAAGUCGGUGGCGGUCUCACUCGAGAUGACUAUGCCGCAAUUCGUGGUCGGACUGAAGGGAAGUGGACGGACUGGGAUGCCCGACGGCCACCACCCCUGAUCGAACUAGGAGGCCACAAAGAUAACCGUCAGCAUGAGAGGCCGGAUCAAUGGAUCCACCCAAGUGAUUCUGUGGUGCUGGAAUGCAAAGCUGCCAGCGUAGAGGGGAGCGAUAGGUUCCGAAUGGGCUUUACGCUCCGCUUCCCACGCUUCAAGAAGCUCCGUACCGACAAGAAAUGGAACCAAGCCCUUUCCUAUGAUGAGUUUCUAGAGCUUCGCAACACUGUUGAACGGGAACAAGACGAGAAAGAAAAGGAGUUUAAAAUCGAGCAGUCUAGGCGCAAAAAAGCUCGCACCGAGAAAAAACCUUUGGUUGUUGCAGGCAAUGACGACUUUACUACACCUUACGCAGGGCCUAACACGAAGAUCUUGGAAGGAUUGAAUUUCUACAUCAUGACGGACCAAGUCUACCCAGUCAAAAAAUCCAAAGCCGAGCUCGAAGCGCUCGUCAAAGCCAACGGUGGCAAGAUUGUUCAGCGCGACAGUAUCAAUGACAAAAAGCUCAUCAUCGUUGCCGAUAAGCGACUAGUCAAGGUCUCUUCACUACAAAAACGCAACGUGUACAACAUCGUCAAGCCCAUCUGGUUACAUGACUGCAUACGUCAAAACGAAAUCGACGCUUCGACACGCUAUCUGCUUCCUUUUGAAGCGAACCGUCACAUGUUCCAUCUCCUUGAGGCAGAUGAAGAAAGUUACGAAAACAAUGUUGAUGAUAAUGGCGACUCAUUUGAGCGGGACAUUGCGGACAUUGAGGAAAUGAAAGCGAUACUCAACGCCAUGACGAACAAAUUCGAAGAGGUCUUUGACGAUGGUCUGUUUCUCGAUCAGCUGGACGACCACGACAAAUCUAUAGGUCAUUUGCGGAAUUACAUGUUCCACAACAUGAAGGUUGCUGUUCUCAGGAGCGACGAUGAGGAAGCGGAGAGCAGAUUGCAAAUGGUCAGGAACUACAUACAGUUUGGGAACGGGGAGAUUACGGAUAGGGUGGAUCAAGAGGGUGUCACCCAUAUUGUGUGCUUGGACGAAAAGAGUGGAGCGAUGGCAAAGGGCAAAAGCAGGGUUUCGGGGCUGGCGCGAGUAGUGGGUGCGGCGUGGGUGGAAAAGUGCUGGGAAGAAGGAACGAGGGUUGACGAGGAGAGAUUCCAAUGGGGGUGA